GCGCAGCCAACAUGGGCAACUUGAAGAGCGUGGGCCAGGAGCCUGGGCCACCCUGUGGCCUGGGCCUGGGGCUCGGCCUCGGGCUGUGCGGCAAGCAGGGCCCAGCCUCCCCGACAUCGGAGCCGAGCCGGGCCCCAGUGCCCACGCCCCCUCCAGCACCUAACCACAGCCCCCCACUAACCCGGCCCCCGGAGAGGCCCAAGUUCCCUCGAGUGAAGAACUGGGAAGUGGGGAGCAUCACCUACGACACCCUGAGUGCCCAGGCUCAGCAGGAAGGGCCCUGCACCCUGAGACACUGCCUGGGCUCCCUUGUAUUUCCACGGAAGCUGCAGAGCCGGCCGUCCCAGGGCCCCUCACCCCCUGAGCAGCUGCUGAAUCAGGCCAGGGACUUCAUCAACCAGUACUACAGCUCCAUCAAGAGGAACGGCUCCCAGGCCCACCAGCAGCGGCUUCAGGAGGUGGAAGCAGAGGUGGCAGCCACGGGCACCUACCAGCUCCGGGAGAGCGAGCUGGUGUUUGGGGCCAAGCAGGCCUGGCGCAACGCUCCCCGCUGUGUGGGUCGGAUCCAGUGGGGGAAGCUGCAGGUGUUCGAUGCCCGGGACUGCAGCUCUGCACAGGAGAUGUUCACCUACAUCUGCAAUCACAUCAAGUAUGCCACCAACCGGGGCAACCUUCGCUCGGCCAUCACAGUGUUCCCCCAGCGCGCCCCAAACCGCGGAGACUUCCGAAUCUGGAACGCCCAGCUGGUGCGCUACGCAGGCUACAGGCAGCAGGACGGCUCCGUGCGUGGGGAUCCAGGCAACGUGGAGAUCACCGAGCUCUGUAUCCAGCAUGGCUGGACGCCAGGAAAUGGGCGCUUUGACGUGCUGCCCCUACUGCUCCAAGCCCCAGAUGAGCCUCCAGAACUCUUCCCUCUGCCCCCCGAGCUUGUCCUUGAGGUGCCCCUGGAGCACCCCACGCUGGAGUGGUUUGCAUCCCUGGGCCUGCGCUGGUAUGCACUCCCCGCAGUGUCCAACAUGCUCCUGGAAAUUGGGGGCCUGGAGUUCCCCGCAGCCCCAUUCAGUGGCUGGUACAUGAGCACCGAGAUUGGCACCCGGAACCUGUGUGACCCCCACCGCUACAAUAUCCUGGAGGAUGUGGCUGUCUGCAUGGACCUGGAUACCCGGACAACCUCGUCCCUGUGGAAAGACAAGGCAGCUGUGGAAAUUAACUUGGCUGUGCUGCACAGUUACCAGCUGGCCAAAGUGACCAUUGUGGACCACCAUGCUGCCACCAUCUCCUUCAUGAAGCACCUGGAGAAUGAGCAGAAGGCGAGGGGGGGCUGCCCUGCGGACUGGGCCUGGAUCGUGCCCCCCAUCUCAGGCAGCCUCACGCCCGUCUUCCAUCAGGAGAUGGUCAACUAUUUCCUGUCCCCUGCCUUCCGCUACCAGCCAGACCCCUGGAAGGGGAGUGCAGCCAAGGGCACUGGCGUCACCAGGAAGAAGACCUUUAAGGAAGUUGCCAAUGCUGUGAAGAUCUCUGCCUCACUCAUGGGCACUGUGAUGGCAAAGCGAGUGAAAGCGACAAUCCUGUAUGGCUCUGAGACCGGCCGGGCUCAGGGCUACGCACAGCAGCUGGGGAGGCUCUUCCGGAAGGCUUUCGAUCCCCGGGUCCUGUGCAUGGAUGAGUAUGACGUGGUGUCUCUUGAGCACGAGACCCUGGUGUUGGUGGUGACCAGCACAUUUGGGAAUGGGGACCCACCAGAGAAUGGAGAGAGUUUUGCAGCAGCCCUUAUGGAGAUGUCUGGCCCCUAUAACAGCUCCCCUCGGCCAGAGCAGCACAAGAGUUACAAAAUCCGCUUCAACAGUGUCUCCUGCUCAGACCCACUGGUCUCUUCUUGGCGGCGGAAGAGGAAGGAGUCUAGUAACACAGACAGUGCGGGGGCACUGGGCACUCUCAGGUUCUGUGUGUUCGGCCUGGGCUCCCGGGCAUACCCCCAUUUCUGCGCCUUUGCUCGUGCGGUGGACACGCGGCUCGAAGAGCUGGGUGGGGAGCGGCUCCUGCAGCUGGGCCAGGGGGACGAGCUGUGCGGCCAGGAGGAGGCCUUCCGAGGCUGGGCCCAGGCUGCCUUCCAGGCCUCCUGUGAGACUUUCUGCGUGGGAGAGGAUGCCAAGGCUGCCGCCCAGGACAUAUUCAGCCCCAAGCGGAGCUGGAAGCGCCAGAGAUACCGACUGAGUGCCCAGGCCGAGGGCCUCCAGUUGCUGCCAGGCCUGAUCCACGUGCACAGGCGGAAGAUGUUCCAGGCUGCAGUCAUCUCUGUGGAGAACCUGCAAAGCAGCAAGUCCACCCGGGCCACGAUCCUGGUGCGCCUGGACACCGGAGGGCAGGAGGGGCUGCAGUACCAGCCAGGGGACCACAUAGGCAUUUGCCCGCCUAACCGGCCAGGCCUGGUAGACACCCUGCUGAGCCGCGUGGAGGACCCGCCGCCACCCGCUGAGCCCAUUGCAGUGGAGCAGCUGGAGAAGGGCAGCCCUGGUGGCCCACCCCCCGGCUGGGUGCGGGACCCUCGGCUGCCCCCAUGCACGCUGCGCCAGGCUCUCACCUACUUCCUGGACAUCACCUCCCCGCCCAGCCCUCGACUGCUUCGACUGCUCAGCACCCUGGCUGAAGAGCCCAGUGAACAGCAGGAGCUAGAGACCCUCAGUCAGGACCCCCGGCGCUACGAGGAGUGGAAGUGGUUCCGCUGCCCCACACUGCUGGAAGUGCUGGAGCAGUUUCCAUCUGUGGCACUGCCUGCCCCCCUGCUCCUCACCCAGCUGCCCCUGCUCCAGCCACGGUACUACUCAGUCAGCUCAGCACCCAGUGCCCACCCAGGAGAGAUCCACCUCACAGUAGCUGUGCUGGCGUACAGGACACAGGAUGGGCUGGGCCCCCUGCACUACGGAGUCUGCUCCACCUGGCUGAGCCAACUCAAGGCUGGGGACCCUGUACCCUGCUUCAUCCGGGGAGCUCCCUCCUUCCGGUUGCCACCUGAUCCCAGCUUGCCCUGCAUCCUUGUGGGACCUGGCACUGGCAUCGCUCCCUUCCGGGGAUUCUGGCAGGAGCGGUUACACGACAUUGAGAGCAAAGGGCUGCAGCCCGCUCCCAUGACCCUGGUGUUCGGAUGCCGAUGCUCCCAGCUCGACCACCUCUACCGCGACGAGGUGCAGGACGCCCAGCAGCGCGGAGUGUUCAGCCGCGUCCUCACCGCCUUCUCGCGGGAACCCGACAGCCCCAAGGCCCCACCCAAGCGCCCUUGGGCCCGGCCCCUCCCAGGACUCCGCUCCCUAACCCCGCCCCCUCGCAGACUUACGUGCAGGACGUCCUGCGGACCGAGCUGGCUGCGGAGGUGCACCGCGUGCUGUGCGUUGAGCAGGGCCACAUGUUCGUCUGUGGCGAUGUCACCAUGGCAACCAGCGUCCUUCAGACGGUGCAGCGCAUCCUGGCGACCGAGGGCGGCCUGGAGCUGGACGAGGCCGGUGACGUCAUUGGCGUGCUGCGGGAUCAGCAACGCUACCACGAGGAUAUUUUCGGGCUCACACUGCGCACUCAGGAGGUGACAAGCCGCAUACGCACCCAGAGCUUUUCUUUGCAGGAGCGGCAGCUGCGGGGCGCAGUGCCCUGGGCCUUCGACCUGCCCGGCCCCUGAGAGCCCUUUGCUUUCUGCAACAGUUCCCGGGAGAGUGGGGCCCUCCGUCCAGCCUGGCUCUGCCGCACUCCUCUCGGCCUGACCAGGACUGUCCAGUCUGCGGUGGUAGCCUUGCUCCCGGAAAGGGGCAAAAUGUCUCUUCAUCUCUGUAGGCUCCGUUUCCUUACCUAGGGAUGGACUAAAUCUGGAAGGCCCCUUCCAGUAAGGAUAUUCCAAGACCCCUUUCAUAUUCUUUAGAUAAAUUUUAGAUUCCCCUUCCCUCUCUCAGGAGUGUCUUAACCUUUAAAGCCUAACCUCUAAAUCAUUUCAAAUAUUUAUUACUGAAGAUUUAUCAUAGGAGACUGUGCCAGGUGUUAGGAGAGAUGCUGUUAAGGUACCUAACACAGCCCCGCCAUUGAGGACUUGACAGUCAAUUAAAAUUAUAGAA